CCGAGAUCAGCAAAGUUCAAGCCUUGGUGCUGCUUCAGGACGUCGGGCUCUGGAGCGGCAAUAGGCGGAAAAUGGAGAUUGCCGAGUGCCAUUUGACGAUACCGAUCGCGGUAAGACACGAUUCCGUCUCUCUCUCUCUCUCUCUCUCUCUCUCUCUCCCCCCGGUUUGUGCUAAGCUGACCCCCCCUCGAAGAUGAUGCGCUACAGGGGAAGGUUCGGGAGGUCAGCCUACCCAGACAUCGUCAUCCACCCGUCCGACAAGGGCCAGGUGCUGGAAGAGAAGUGGAAGAAGUGGCAUCAGCUCGAGUCUUGGAAGAGACUCAUUUUCCACGCCUAUCUGCGCGACGCCCAAGUGUCCAUGACGCAGCUCAACAAUCCCUCCAUGUCCUACGCCGAAUUGACCCUCCCCCUGCCCUACUCCAGGGAUCUCUGGUUUGCACGGAGUGCGGAGGAGUUCAAGGCUCGGUAUAUUGAGUUGGGUGCCAACAGCGCCCGCCCACCGUGCCUCGGGGAUCUUUUUCGUGACUUCAACGCUCUCUCCAACCACAUCCCCCGCCUCGACAUGCCCUUUGCGAUAUCAAUCUUCCUCCACGCCUUCUGGUCCCUCAUCUGGGAAUACCGCCAACUUGCAUCUAUAUAUGGCCCCACGGUUACCGCCAACGCACACUCCAACACAACCUCCCUCCUCCUCGACUCACGUCGCGCCGAGCUGACGACGCAACUAAAAUCUUUUCAUCAGCACCUUCAGAUUUACAGGACCAGGCAUCCCACGCUGCUACGAGACUUUUUCCCUCUUCUCUUACUCCUCUUCCACUUCCUUCUCUUUAAUCUGCACGCCCCACUCCCCGAACUCCAGCUCUUCUCCGGAAAGGAGGGAGAGGACCAGGCCCGCCGCGUCUACCCGGCCCUACGUGGCUGGGCGGGCUCGGCAGAUGCCAGGCGGGCCAUGUGGCAUGCAGCGCAGGUAUUGAAGGCCGCGAGAGCAUUUCCCAAGGGAACCCUCCAAGAUUUUUGGGGCGUCGCGGUCUGCCAUGCAGUGCUGGGGGUCUGGGGAUGGGGGAUCGUGAAUAGGGCUUCUCCAACCAGCUCUUCUUCUUCUACCUGCAGUUCUUCCUCUGCUUCAGGGCGAGUAAAGGGAGGAGGGAAUGGCAGUGAGCAAUGGCAAGCAGGAGGAGAGGAUGAGAGCAGUGUGGUGUACCUGGACGGGGAGGACGAGUCGGGGGAGCCGAUGCAGGAACCUGCCGUACGGGCUUGGAUUGAGCACGGGCAGGGGAGACCGGCCAUUCACGGGUUGCAACAGAAGCAGCAGCAGCAGCAAGUGCAUGGCGAUGGUCAACGGAGGGUGCAGCCGUGCUUGUUCGAGGAUUCCCGGGCAUGCGCGGGUAUCGCGCAGGGGAUUCUGCGGGCGAACUUUGCGGGCGUGUACGACCCCUUGCCGACAAUGACGGAAAACAUCAUUGUCGUGCUGAAACAGUUGGAAAAGGCCGCGUCGGCAGUCGGGAUGGGGUGACGGUAACGGUUGGAGUCGUUAGGCAGCCCUUGUUUUUCUGUAUAUUCGACAAUGCCAUGGCUGUAUGUUUGAUGGCUAAUUAGCAAUACCAUUGUAAAUAUCUGCUCCCCCCCUUUCUUCCCAGGGAUCUACGUCCUUAUCUCUCGCUAUGUCUCGU